UUAUCAAGCGAAAGAUUGAAGGAACAACAGCAACAAAAAGAAAUACUGAUACAAACAAAGACAUGGUAUGACCAGAUAGAGAAUACUAGAAAAAUAGUACACAUAGUUCAAGCAAGACAGUAGUUAAUUUUUCUUUAACUUCAUUUUAUUUCACUAUGAUCAUCCUGGUGACUAUUCUUUUAGUUGUUUUAUCCCACUUGCUGAAUUAUUGUUUUUAUUUUGUAUUUGUUAUUUAAUAUUGUGUUUUUCAGGAUCCACCAAUCAAUCAAGAACAACCAUUGGAGAGAGAUUGGCCUCCUCAUAUCAACUGGUUAAGAGCUCGAUUGGAGGAGUAUCAUGUCCGAGUGGCUCAACUGACAGCUGAGGCGAAUGAAAUAUUCGCUCGAGCGGACGCACCGGGGGCUCCAUUUGAGGCUAAAGUGGAUGCAGUGGUGGCAGCGGAGGCUCUAGCGGAUGCAAAGGAGGCUCGGGCGAACACAGCGGGAGCUCUGGCGAAUGCAAUGGAGGCUUGGUUGGAUGAAAUGGAGGCUUGGGCUGAUGAAUCGGAAGUGAGUCCGGCAGCACGGCUAGGUGGAUGA